AUCCAGUUUUUUUCUUGUCUUAUCUUUGGUUUCUUCUGAUUAGUCUCUGGUUCGCAGACAUAACAACAGACACAACUGCAGACACAACAACAACAGACACACAUCUGUUGAGACAUUUGAAGAGAGCGAAUAAUUUCAAAUUAUUUUUAACUUUAGCUUACAUUGCAUUCUUUAAGCCAGUUGUUUGUUCCAGACACGUUUAUCGGUUAAGUCGUGACAAGCAAAAAAAAAAAAGAAUUGAAUUUAAAUUAAGAAAAAAAAAAAGGGAAAGCCAAAUCUACCAAGUUUUUUCUUUUAACUGAAACAGAGAAGAGUCAACGUUGCAUUCAUAUAAGUACAGCCACAUCUCAUCUCAAUCCAGUUAAGCUUUUUCUAGUAAUUUUUAUUCAUAUCCUCUUCAAUCAAUCAAAGCACAUAGAUUAUGUCAGUAUCACCAACCACAAAGGAACCAAUCAACAAUAGCAACACCAGUACGAGUUCAAAGGAAGAGCACACUAAAAUGUUAUUUGGUACUAAAUUAGAACGAGAAAUUUACCAACCAUGGAGAGAACACUACAUUAAAUACAACCAAUUGAAAAAGCUCCUCAAGGAAGGAGUCAUCCUCAAGAACAAUUGGACCGACAAGGACGAACAAACUUUUGUCAGUGCUUUGGAUGAAAACUUGGAACUGGUGUUUGGAUUCCAACAUGAAAAGUUCGACGAAUUGAAUGACGAAUUGAACCAUUUGCAAAGCUUGACCGAAUCUCCAAAGGACGAUUUCGAUGUCGACUCUUUCCUGAAGAAAUUGGACUCUAUUUUAGAACAAGCACAAUUGUUGGAGCAUUUCCAAAGAUUGAACUAUACCGGGUUCAUCAAGAUCGUUAAGAAGCACGACAGAUUACAUCCAAACUACUCCGUCAAGGCUUUGCUUAAUGUUAGAUUAAAGAAGUUGCCAUUCCACUCUGAAGAUUAUUCUCCAUUGUUGUACAAGGUUGGUACCUUAUUCCAAUUCUUGAGAGACAACUACGAAGUUGAUCAAAGUUUGAGUAAAUUGAGUUCCUUCAAUGACGGUGCUUUAAGCGGCGAGUUCCAAUCUUUUAAGUUUUGGAUCCACAGAGACAACCUUAUGGAGGUUAAAACUACCAUUUUAAGACAUUUGCCAGUGUUGAUUUACAAGUCUGGGUUAGGUGAUAACAAUGACGAUGACGACGACGACGAUGAAGACGAAGAAGCUGAACAAGGUGACAAUGACCAAACCAUCAAUUGUCUUUACUUUGACAAUGAGCAUUUUGAUUUGUACAAUCACAAGCUUACCAAGCUCAACAAUUCGUCUACUCUUCGUAUCAAGUGGAUUGGUAAAUUAUCUGACAAGCCAAAGAUUUCCUUGGAACGUAAAGAGUUUGAUGUCAAUUCCAACUUCCACAUGGAUGAAAAGAUUGAAUUGAGACAAAAAUAUAUCAAUGACUUUAUUAUUAACAAGAACAUUCCAAAGAAGUUGGUCAAGCUAAAUGGCGAAGAACCAGUCAAGACCUUGCUUGAAUUCAUUAAGGAACACUCAUUACAACCAGUCUUGAGAACUACCUAUAACAGAACUGCAUUCCAAAUUCCAGGUGAUGACAAGAUUAGAAUUAUCAUUGAUUCUAACUUGACCUUUAUCAGAGAAGACUCAUUUGACCCUCAGUUACCUAUCAGAGAUCCACAACAGUGGCACAGAUUAGACUUGGAUAAUGCCAAGAACCCUCAGCAAUUCUUGCGUAAGGGUGAAUUCAACAAAUUCCCAUUCUCUACCAUGGAAAUUAAGAUCAAGAAGAGUUCUGUCAAGAACUUCAAGAAGUUACAAUGGAUCAAUGAAUUGAUCAACUCUUCUUACUUGGUCAAGGAAAUUCCAAACUUUUCCAAGUUCAUCCAUGGUGUUGCUUCAUUAUUCUUGGAAGAUGACAAGUUGGACAACAUUCCAAUGUGGUUCAAUGAAUUAGAAGCUGAUUUGAUUAAUGAUGAUGUUCCAAGAAUUCCAACCAGUGCUUCCUCAAGCAACCAAAUUGCUAGCAUUUCCGAUGAAGACAAUUUAUCCAAGUUCAAGUCGAUGAUUCUCAAAAACAACACUUCAAACUUCCAACCUCGCUCAGCUUCAUUCUCUGGAUCCAUGUUGUACUCAACUAAGGAAGAUGAUGAGCUGAUUGAAACUCCUCCACCACCAGCCCAAAUCACCACUAUCAUUGAAGAAAGCAGCGCCAAGCCAGUUACACCAUCAUACGGUCUUGCUGGUGCUACUACUGACGACCAAUCUUCUGAUUUUGAAGAUGAAGACGAGUCAGACCUUCCUAAGCCAAGUCCACUCACCAGAUUGUUGCACAUUCCUUCCAAGUUGUUGAAUGUUGAUUCUGAGGAUGAAGAAAUUGACUUGCCUGUCGGUGUCUCCAAACCAAACGAAUGGAUCAAGAACAUGGGUCCGAUCAAGAUUGAACCAAAGGUUUGGUUAGCCAAUGAAAGAACUUUCAACAGAUGGUUACACGUCACCACCUUGUUAUCUUCAUUGACUUUCAUUAUCUACUCCUCCACCAUGGCUUCUAACUUUGAAGGGUUGUCCACCUUCUUGGCCUACUUCUACUUUGGACUUACUUUGUUCAGUGGUGUUUGGGGAUACUAUAUCUUCAUGAAGAGAAGACAAAUCAUCAUGGAGAGAUCCGAUAAGCAUUUAGACAAUUCAAUUGGUCCAUUAAUCAUUGCUGUUGGGUUGAUUGUGGCCUUGAUUAUCAACUUUAUAUUUGGAUGGAAGAAUUUGAAUUUGGAAGAUCCGGAACACCAAGUGUUUUACAUGGAAAACCCAAUGCAUAAGAAGAUUCACGAUUUUGUUGUUAGUUUAGUUAAAUAAGUUUGCGUGCUGCGUGAUGCGUGCUCGUCUGUUUGUAUAUUAAAUGUCAUAUAUUACUAGUCUAUGCCA